CCCAGUACGCGCGCAGGGUUUAUGGAGACGGCUGGAGGAAGUUUUGCGUGUUUUCUUCUUUUAUUUUUCUAUUAAUUUACCGAAACGUUUUGUGUGCCAUGGAUUGUUUAAGUCGCUUAAGUUUACUCCACGUCACAAGGAUUAAGUUUCGAUAUGCUGAGGAUUAAUAUUCGACGACAAAUAUGGUUUGAUAACUAGAAAAGUUCUGCCUCAGACCUGUAUGAGCUCAUGAUGGAGCGGAGAAAGAGGAGCCGCUGCUCGGAAUGGCCCGCGCUCUGGCUCGCCCUCUCCUCCCUGUCCUGCCUCUCAUGCGCGACAGCAGAGCUCCGCUAUUCCGUGGCCGAAGAGCAACAACCAGGCUCUCUUGUCGGGAACAUAGCAAAAGACUUGGGCCUCACAGUUCAGAAAAUUAGCGAAAGGAAGAUGCUCCUUAUUUCUGACGCCAACGCUCAGUAUUUCGAGAUAAACUCAGUUAGCGGUGCCUUAGUAAUUAAAGAGACCAUCGACAGGGAGCGCCUGUGUGAGUUAAGUUUAACAUGUUCUUUGCCCCUUAAAAUAGUUCUCCACGAUCCAUUGGAGAUACAGCGUGUCCUUGUAGACAUUGUUGAUGUGAACGACAACUCGCCGCAGUUCCCGGCUCUUAACUCAUCGCUGGAGGUCUCGGAAGCGGCCGCGCCGGGAACGCGCUUCCGUCUAGAGAGCGCGCGCGACCCCGACAUGGGCGCCAACUCGUUGCGGACGUACCGUCUCGAGCCUAACGACUUCUUCACGUUAAACGUCGAGAUGAAAAGUGACGGCAGCAAAGUUCCCGAGCUCGUGCUGGAGAAGGCCCUUGAUCGUGAGGUGCGCGCCGCCUAUCGCCUCUUGCUCACGGCGGUGGACGGCGGACAGCCAGAGAGAUCCGGCACCACACUCUUGCUGAUCACAGUUUUGGAUGUGAACGAUAACGCGCCCGUUUUUGAUGAGCCAGUAAAACGGGUGAGCCUUUUAGAAAACUCUCCUUCUGGCACUAUUGUGGCCAAAUUUAACGCCACAGAUGCAGACUCUGGAACAAACGGAGAUAUAUCUUUCUUAUUCAGCAAAUACACCUCAGAGAGAAUUCUCGAGGUUUUCAGUGUGGAUGUGAAAACUGGAGAACUCAGGGUUAUUGGUGAUGUGGAUUAUGAACAAGCGAGUGUAUAUGACAUAACUGUUCAGGCCAGGGACGGUGGAACUCCCGCCAUUGAGGGUUCAUGUCACAUUAAAGUGGAAAUUUUGGAUGUGAACGAUAACACGCCGGAAGUGACGUUAACAUCCCUCACCAGUCCCAUCAGUGAAGAUGCACCAGCAGGCACUGUCAUUGCACUGAUCAGCGCAAGGGACUUAGAUUCAGGGAAAAAUGGACAGGUGACAUUAAAAGUGUCUCAAGGGCUGCCAUUUAAACUGGAAUCUGUUUUUGGGGAGCAUUACACCCUAGUUACAGAUGGCCCUUUGGACAGGGAACGUGUCCCUGAGUACACUGUUGUUGUGACUGUAACAGAUGCAGGUUCUCCUCCAUUGUCCUCUAAAAAGACCUUUGUUGUUAGUCUCUCUGAUGUAAAUGAUAAUGCUCCAGUAUUCUCACAGCCAUAUUACUCUAUUGACAUCAUGGAGAAUAACUCCCCCAGUACCUCGCUCAUGACAGUGUCAGCCUCUGACCCAGACUUGGGGGACAAUGGCCGUCUCACCUACUCCAUUUUGGCCUCUACUGUCCAUGGCAGCCCUGUGUCCUCUUACGUCUAUAUUAACCCAGAGAAUGGCAAUAUCUUUACCAUGCGUUCAUUGGACUAUGAGCAAAUGAAUGCAUUUAAGAUUGAAGUACAGGUGCAGGACAGUGGGGUCCCACCACGCAGCUCCAAUAUAACAGUCCAUGUCUUCGUCAUCGACCAGAAUGACAAUCCACCUGUCAUCCUUUACCCCACUAACUCUGGUGACACUGGCCUUCAGCUGACUAUGCCCCGCUCUGCCCCUGUCGGCCAUCUUGUGAAUAAGAUAGUUGGUUAUGACCCAGACAGCGGGCAUAACGCAUGGCUGUUCUACAGCAUCGCACCUGGUGAGGAUGCAGAAUUUUUCCGUAUUGGAGAGCACACAGGGGAGCUUCGUACUGCAAGGAAACUAUAUGAGGUUGAGGCAGAGAGCCAGGAGCGCUCAUCAUACAGCUUUGUAGUGGUUGUGCAGGACAAUGGACAGCCUAACCAGUCCACCAGUGCCACUGUCACCAUUAAUGUAGAAGAGAAGAGUGCAGACAAAGACACAGACCUUAAUGAAACAUCUUCUCGUAAAACAGGCGGAAUUCCAGACAUAAGCCUGUACCUCAUAAUAUCACUGGGCUGUGUGACUCUGGUCUUUCUUUUGACCAUUGUGGUGCUGCUGGUGCGGUGCCUCAGACACAAAGAUGACCUAACAUGCUGCUACUCCAGGAAGGGCUUCCGUUCUCGCCCUGCUUACCAGCAUCGUUCCCAUAAGGACCUUCACCUACAGCUGAACACGGAUGGGCCUAUCCGGUACAUGGAGGUUGUGGGGGGCCCUCAGGAACCCCACACACGCACAUACAGGCCCUGCUACUCUACAAUCUCCAGCAGGAGUGACUUUGUGUUUGUUAAGACUCCUCUACUGAGCCAUAACAACACAUUAAACAUGACCCUAACCCGGAAGCACUUAUUAAACUCAGCUAAUGAGCAAAAACCCCCCAACGCUGACUGGCGUUUCAACCAGAACCAGAGACCUGGACCCAGUGGAGCUGCUGCCACUCCAGAGGUCGCCAUGGGAACCGGACCCUGGCCAAACCCCCCAACCGAGGCAGAGCAGCUCCAGGCACUAAUGGCUGCUGCAAAUGAAGUGAGUGAGGCCACUAACACACUGGGUCCUGGCACCAUGGGCCUGAGCACACGCUACAGUCCCCAGUUCACCCUGCAGCAUGUUCCUGACUACCGGCAGAAUGUCUACAUCCCGGGCAGCACUGCCACGCUCAGUGCGAAUCCGCAGCAACCCCAGCAGCCCCAGCAACCUCCUCAGGCACUUCCUGCUCCACAGAUCACCAGCGCCCAGGUCGAGCCUCCCAAAGCCCAGACACCUGCUAGCAAGAAGAAGAUCACCAAGAAGGAGAAGAAAUAAAGAGAGAGAGAGUGCUAGUUAGGAUGAGUUCUUGCUUUUGGUGUCCGGUUAAAGAAAGUAGAGGAAGUGAGGUGUUAAGUUCAAGGGAUAGGGAAAGAUAUCUACUCUUGUUUCCUCACAUAUGGGUGAGCUUUUGUGCACUUGCUGUUUCAGAAGUAUGAGAUAAGUAUGAAUGAGAAAUCAGUGUGCAGCUCCAGCGUUUAUUUUUUUUUUCUUCAUGUUAUCCACUUGAUUUUUCAUCCAUUUAAAUCCUUCCACUGACUUCUAUGUGAUAUACAUACCUGUGGCUGGAUUAGUGUGUUAUGUACAAUAGUUUCACAUUUGGAUUAAGUUUUCUUUGGAUAUCUUAUUAAUCUGAAUGUUCCUAGUGUUAGGAGAGCGAACUCAGAUGCUGGUUGUUACAUUUCUAUGUUUUUUUUUAAAAACAAACGUUUUACAUAUAUCUAGUCAUUAGUGGCAGUUAUCAUAAUGACAAUAAUGUGCUUGGAUUUGUUUUAGAGACAUUUCUCUCAUAGAGCUGCAGUUGCUGGUUUUACUGAGAAGGAAGAUGUUACUUUUUUUUUUAAACAUCUCAUGAUGCUGUGCUUUGGUUACCACUAUUGGGCUUGAUGAAAAUAUAACACAUAAGGUUUAGAUUUUGGAAGUUUCUGCUGAAAUAACACAGGUAAUCAUUUUUUGCAUGAUGCUGAACAUUAUAUAAAUGUUAAGCUUAACUAUGCAUUGCAUGCCUGAUUAAAAAAUUCCCAUAAAUGAGAGAUUUAAUUGUAAAUUAAAUUGGUAUUGACUUCAGUCAAGGAAUUUAAUAAUGCAUUGUGCUUCAGAUAAAGUUCUAGAGAAAAAAAAAAAAUUGAAUCAAAGGCUGCAAGAGAAAUUGUCCAAACCUCUGCAAAUGUCUUAGCUUGAAUGUGGAAUUAUUUUUGCUUUGGCUGAGUAAUGCAUGAAAAAGAGUCUUAUAGUGAACAAAUCAGUGAGUUGAUGCUGUAAAUAAUAGUAAAGUCAGUACUGACCAUUCACAGGUUUAUCAUUUGCGAAUUGCCAUGAUAUGUUCAGAAAUUGCUCAAAUCACCAACAUCUGAUAAUAUAAUCUUCAGCUUUUCAUGUUUUACCAUUAUUAUUAUUUUUAUUUCUACACACAUUCUUCACCUGUUGUAAAACGAUAACACUCAAUACAGAGUCCAUGGUUCACAAAGUCCAUAAAAAACAUCAAUUUGAAAUUCUUUUUUUUUUUUUUUUUAAAUCUAAGCCUGAAGCACAGGCUUUGUACUGGAAUGUGUUACAUAGUGUUGGUUUUUUAGUAAAAUGGGGAAAAAAUAUAAAAUAAACAAAUAUAAAUAAACAAACAAAUAUAUAAAUAAAGAAAAUGAUCAUGCAAAUUGUUGCUGUUUCAAACGUAGUAAUUUAGCACAAGCAGGCCGACUAACUCAACUGUAAAUAAAGAGAUUAACUUUUAAAAAGGUGAAACACUUGUAGUCUAGAAACCUGUGAUGUUGUGCAUAUAUUUUUGUGUUUUCUUCUCCUUCUCUUCCUCUCUGAUCACCCUUAAGUAAAUAAACACAGUAAAUAACAAAACUCUUCCUAAUGCUCUAUCAAUUCUCUCUUCUUUUGAGAUUUCUAUUGUGCAUAUGUGCAAGAAAGGUUCUUAAUGUCUAUAUGAAGAAACAAAUAUAAAUAUUAUCUAUGUGUGUGUGUCUGCCAGUGGCAUAAUGCUUUGUACCCAGUUUAACACCAUCCCUAUAAAACACUAAUACUCACACCUGCUCCUCAGUGUUACGCUUAUUUUAUAUGCUAAUAUUUAUAUUUCUGUUUUAUUUCUUGAACACUGACAUUUCAAAUAAAAGGUUCUGAAAAUCUU